AAAGUAAAGUACAGAUACUCCCAAAAACUACUUAAGUACUUAAGUACUUUACACCACUGCUAAUGAGUCGGGAUGACCCUAGUGUUAAUGGACGAAUUCCUGACUGCUCUACACUAUUGAGUGCCUAGUCUUAAGACCUGGUAGGAACUUAGUUGGUAAACACGUCCAGCAAUAAAGUAAAGGUAUGGGGGGAGGAUAUACAAGAGAGGGUAGUGCUAGAAAGGAUUUGGCCUCUUGGAGGAAAAACGUCACAAAUAUACACAUACACAUUUUUCACACAGACACACAUUAUCAGGGGAGAGUUAAAGGCAGGCACUGACUGUCAGAGGGAAAGAUAGAGAGAGAGAGAGAGAGAGAGGAGAAAAAGAGAGAGGGAGGUAGGAGGGGGAGGAACAUGUGACUUGAGCAUGUGUGUGAGAUAAGAGACAAAUGGAGAGGCGAGUAAAAAUCCAGUGUACUGAAAAUGUCUGUUCAUUUGAGAUAGGGAUGCAACUCUACAACAAGCUCCUCGAACACUCCUCUGGUUUCUGUGUCCAUAAACUGUGUGAGAGGGAGAGAGAGAGUCAGAGAGAGAGGGAGAGAGAGAGAGAGUCAGAGAGAGAGAGAGAGGGGAUGGGUCAAGGAGAUGGAUGGAUUGUGUGUGACCGUGUGUCCGUGCAUGUGUCCGUGCGUGUGUAUGUGUGAAUCAGGAGGUGUGUGCGUUAGUGCGUGCCAGACAGCAAAGAGAGGCGCAGUUAUCUAGGAAUUUGAGCCAAAAGAACCUCACUAACAGAAAGAGAGAGAGAAAGAGAAACAGAGGGAGAGAGAAAAAAUAGGAAGAGAAGUCGAGAGGAUGAAAUAGGUAUAUAGAUAGAAAGAGACAGACACAGAGAUCGGGAUUACAGUAAGAUUAGAUCAAAAAAAGAGAUAGACAUGGAGAGACAGAAAAAGAUGAAGAAGUUCACACAGAAAUAGAAGGUUAUAUGGGCAGAGAGUGGAGGGACACCAUCCAAGGCUUCAAACAAAGCAUCAAGCCGACAGACUCAGGAGUGGAGUAGAAACCCAUCAAGUACAACAAAAAAGAAAAAAUAAGGACAAGUGGCACCAAAGAGGUGUGGGCACCCAAAUCCAAGAGGCUGGCAAGGCAGAACAGCUUUAAGGUGAAAACCGGUGUCGGGAGGCACAGUAAACGGCGAAACUCAGAGGUGCCUGAGAGACUGAAUUCUGCCAGCUUUUCAAAUUCUUUUAGGAGUUUUCCCAUGAUUCUACUGGGCUCAAUCGGCGUGGUCCCACUACUGCUGUCCCUGUGUGUGGGGGCCGUGUUGUCCCCCCCAGACGCACCCCCGGUCUGUCCCCACCCCCCUUGCAGGGACAGUCUGGUGGCCGCUCCGCCUGCGAGGAUAGGGUCAGGGGGGUGUGAGGGGAGCCCGGGGACGGCGGGCUGCAGGGUGGUGGUUGCCCCCCUGGCUGCCUCCGACCCCCCUCUGAGGGAGGAACACAGACAAGAAGUCCGACAGGUCCAGCCCGAGGCAGGGGAUGUGUCGGAGCGUCUGUUCCAGUUGCAGCGAUGUAUGCAUUCCUUCCAGGAGCCGGGGGCCCCCAGGGACCAGGGAGGGAACACGCUAGUGGCCAUUCUGGCUCUGAUGGCUGCAGUGCUGACAGAGUGUGACCUCCACUGUCACAGCCAGGCCCUCAGGGCUAUGGCCAGACGACUGGAGGGGGCAGCGGUUGGGAGAGAGGGAGAGAAAGACUUGCUACUACUAUUGAGAAGCAUCACACAACACCCUCCAACAGUGGCCCCCUCAGCGAGGCUGCAUCCUCAGGACUGUGCUGAGAUCUAUCAUUUGGGGAUCAGAGAGAACGGAAUCUACACCAUCCAGCCUGACCCACACAGACCUGCAGUCGAGGCAGAGUGUGACAUGGAGACGGCAGGCGGAGGGUGGACGAUGUUCCAGCGUCGGAGAGAUGGCUCGGUGGACUUCAAUCGGACGUGGCAGGAGUACCGCGAGGGUUUUGGUUCCCCACAGGGAGAACACUGGCUAGGGAACGCAGCGCUGCAUGCUCUCACCAACACUGGUCAACACCUACUGCGUAUUCAACUGGAGGACUGGCACAAGCAGAAACGCCAAGCCACCUACAACACCUUUAGAGUGGCAACAGAGACACAGAAGUACCGUCUGACAGCACGGGAGUACUCUGGUGACGCGGGAAAUGCCCUGAGCUACAGCAAACGCUACAACCACGACGGCCGAGCGUUCAGCACCAACGACCGUGAUCACGACCGCUACACCUCGGGGAACUGUGCGCAGUACUACGGUGCGGGCUGGUGGUUCGAUGCUUGCCUGGCGGCUAACCUGAAUGGACGGUACUACCGCGGGCGCUACAGCGGGCUGACCAACGGCAUUUACUGGGGCACCUGGUACAUCCUGACAGACAGCCACAGUGGAGAGCGCUACUCCUUUAAGAGUGUGGAGAUGAAGACACGCCCACGCAACAUCUAAUAAAGAAUGACUUGGGACAGUUAAUGUGAAGUAGCAAUCUGUAAAAUGUAGGCCUACUACAACCUCUGAGCCAGGUUCUGUAUAUAUAAAUCUAGCCUGGUCCCAGAUCUGUUUGUGAUGUGCCCCAGCUAGGGAAACCCUAAUCUGGUUGCAGAGUGUGUGAAGGUUAUUGUUAACCAGCUGAUGACUGGAUGUUUGAUUCACUGGAUGAUGUUGGGAUAGUGAGCCACUAAAUCACUUCUUCCAGGUGUAAAUAUAGUGCUAAAUCGAAAAGUGUUUAGAUGUCUCUGUCCUUAUUUAUAAUCCAAGUAUGUGUUGAAGAAGUUGAAUUACACCAUUAACCAGCAGAAUAUGUGUUCAUAAAGGCUCAUGGGUUCCUCACCCCUGCUUCAUUUUUAUUAUCCAUCAUUCAAGCCAUAUACUUUGCCACCCCGCAUCUUUUUUUGUUGUGAUAUUUAAACGGCAGUAAACUUUUCAUACAGUAUGUUAUGCAAAUCUUUCCACAAAAAUGUAAUGUAGAAAUGUACAUUGACAAUCAUGGCUUUAGUAUAGAGAAAUUAUUA